UUCCAUCUAGGCCGGAAAAAUCAACAAGAGAAACUAUCCUUGCAGAAAGGAGGAGAAGCGAGAGGUGGGAGGGAAGAAAAAGAUGAAGAUUUCUUCGGUCUUCCUGGUUUUCACUUUUUCUUCCCUCACCCCAUGAUGGCCUGAACGAUGCAGUCCAGAGUCUUUCUUCAGUUGGCGCAGAAGAAAUCAUUUCCAUUUCCAAGAUUUUCUUGUCAGAUCCUUACCAUGCAAACCGAGACCUGAGUUCUAACCAAUUUCUCAAAAAGUUGCCGGAAUUUUUGGCACAGAAGUCAUGGCAAUGCCUCGAAUCUUCUUGGUGCUAAUUCUUUAUUCAGUUGCCUUGCGAUUUAAAGGAUUGGUUGCUCAGAAGGACGCAUACGUUCCCGUUGAUUCCAUUCUGCUGAAUUGUGGCUCUUCCGGUGAUGAAACAGAUUCCGACGGCCGAAAGUGGAAGGGCGACGUUGGAGGCAAAAUCGAUCUGACAUCACAGAGCGAUGUUCCAGUGAAAGCCCAAUACCAGGACCCUUCGCUUCCAUCCACAGUGCCAUACAUGUCUGCCCGAAUCUUCAGUUCUGAAUCGACUUACACCUUUCAGGUGACGCCGGGGCCGCAUUGGAUCCGCCUCCAUUUCUACCCUGCUUCUUACAGCAGCCUUGCUGCAUCUGAUUCUUUCUUCUCUGUAACUACCGGCGGAUUCACUCUCCUUCACAACUUCAGCGCUGCAAUCACUGCCCAAGCUCUCACCCAGUCCUACAUCAUCAAAGAGUACUCCGUGAAUUGCACCACCAACUCCCUGAACAUUACCUUCAGUCCCUCUGCUGAUCAUCCAUCUGCAUAUGCGUUUGUUAAUGGGAUCGAGAUCAUCUCGAUGCCGGAUAUAUAUUACAGCGAUGAUGUUCGGCUCGUCGGUUUCGAAGAUCAGUUAAUCGACAUUUCUGGCAACUCUUUUCAAAUGAUGUACCGGCUGAAUGUUGGAGGUCAGUUCAUAUCAGCAGCUGAAGACUCCGGUCUUAGCAGAACCUGGUAUGAUGACACACCUUAUCUAUAUGGUGCUGGGAUUGGUAUCACAACUGCUGCUAGUAAGAAGUUGAGUAUACAGUAUUCAACGGACACAACGAUAUACACAGCUCCGGUUGAUGUCUACUCCACGGCGCGGUCGAUGGGCCCUGAUCCAAAGAUCAAUCAGAACUACAACUUAACCUGGAAUUUUCAGGUGGACAAGAACUUCACAUACAUAGUCAGGCUACAUUUUUGCGAGCUUCAGUAUAAUGAGGUGAAUCAGAGGGUGUUUGAUAUUUACCUAAACAAUCAAACUGCUCAAGAAAGCGCUGAUAUCAUAGGAUGGGCAUCUUCGAAAGCUGUUCCUGUACACAAAGACUAUGCUGUUAUGGCUUCUGAUGCGGACACUUUGUGGGUAGCCCUUCAUCCUUCCGUUGGGAUGAAGCCGGAAUAUCUUGAUGCUGUUCUUAAUGGGAUAGAGAUUUUCAAAAUAAAUGAUGCUACUGGGAAUCUGGCCGGACCCAAUCCAAUUCCUUCCCCUUUGCUCCCUGAUCCUGUUGCUGACGACUCAGAUUCAUCUCCUUCCGGGAAUUCGGGAAAGAAGCUUCACGUGAUUGGUGGCGCAGCUGGAAGUGCUGCAGUUUUGGGCGCUCUGGCCUUCUGUGUUGCUGUCUAUUACAGAAAGAAGAGAGAAGGCCUGGGACCUGACGGCAUGACAAGUGGAGCAUCUGCAUGGCUUCCACUCUAUGGUGGAAAUUCUCACACAAUGGGAAGCAAAGUGUCCACUAUAUCCGGAAGAAGCUGCACCAGCAGCCAUGUCUCGUCGAUGGCAGCCAAUCUCUGCAGGCACUUUACAUUUCAAGAGAUCAAGCAGGGAACCAAGAACUUUAACGAAUCAUUGGUAUUGGGAGUUGGUGGAUUUGGAAAAGUUUAUGUAGGUGAGAUUGAUGGUGGUACCCAGAAGGUGGCAAUCAAGCGGGCCAAUCCUUCAUCGGAGCAGGGUGUGCAUGAAUUUCAAACUGAGAUAGAAAUGCUUUCAAAGUUGAGGCACAGGCAUCUUGUUUCACUAAUUGGGUAUUGCGAGGAUGACAAUGAGAUGAUCUUGGUUUAUGAUUACAUGGCACAAGGAACACUCAGGGAACAUCUCUACAAAAGUAAUAAGCCCCCGCUUUCAUGGAAACAGAGGCUGGAAAUAUGCAUAGGGGCAGCUAGAGGAUUGCAUUAUCUUCACACUGGUGCAAAAUACACAAUCAUCCAUAGAGACGUGAAGACUACCAACAUUCUUUUGGAUGACAAAUUUGUAGCAAAGGUUUCUGAUUUUGGCUUGUCAAAAACUGGGCCUGGACUUGACCAUACUCAUGUCAGCACAGUGGUGAAAGGCAGUUUUGGCUACCUUGACCCUGAAUACUUCAGGAGACAACAACUGACUGAUAAAUCUGACGUUUACUCUUUUGGGGUUGUUCUGUUUGAAGUUUUGUGCGCUAGACCAGCUUUGAAUCCAAGCCUUCCUAAAGAGCAAGUAAGUCUUGCAGAUUGGGCUUUACAUUGUAUGAAGAAAGGGGUCCUAGAGGACAUUAUUGAUCCACAAUUGAAGGGGAAGAUCAAUCCUGAGUGUUUGAAGAAAUUCGCUGAGACUGCACAGAAAUGCCUUUCCGAUCAUGGUAUGGACCGGCCGGCAAUGGGAGACGUUCUAUGGAACCUUGAAUUUGCUCUGCAGUUGCAGGAGAGCUCAGAAGAUGGCAAGGCAUCGACAACAGAUAAAAGCGGAGCUCCAGGUCUCUUUAAUGAGCUCAAUAACCAUAGUUCAGACGGUGUAGUUGGAGUUGAGGCCAUGAUGAAUGAGGAUGCCAGCACUCUAACCUCGACUGAAGUUUUCUCGCAGCUUAUUAGUCCAAAAGGGAGGUAAUGCCUUGUUACUUGCUACAAAUCUUUGGCUUGGUCGAAGGCACAUUGUUCACAAGCAAUCCUCGUCAAGAGCAUAGCUCCAAGUCCUAGAAAAUAAGUUCAUUUUUUUGUCUGGUUAUUUGAUCAAGGAUUUGCCAUUGUGCUCUGUUUACUGUUAUGCAUCUUGCUUUAACGUGGAAAGAAGAUUCUUCAUUUGUAACUGGUCACCUUCUUGUCAUAUUAUCCUUGUAACGUUCUUUAAUAAUAUUGGUGGUAGCAGCGUA